CCGUUCCUCCACCAGACUCUCCGCCAUCAGCGUCACCGCCGCUGCCGCCCGCCGCCAGCCGCCCACCGCCGCAACUCUCGUCUCCGGAAGAUUUUGUAAUUUGGUCAAUUGUCCAUUCCAUCAGUAACUGUGCUGAUGGAUCCUGCUAUGGCAUAUGCUCAACAACAGCGGCAAGCAGCAAAUAUGCAGCAGCAGCAGCAGUAUGGGUUUCACCCGCAGCAUCAGCAGUUCCCUCCUGUGCAGGGUCCUCCUUUCCUACCUCCGCAUCCUUCUCUCCAGCAAUUCCCUUAUCAUCACCCUAUGCAGCAACAGCCUCAGCUUUCUUCCCAUGCUCCUACACUUCCUCACCUUCUUCAUCUUCAGCAGCAACAGCAGCCGCCAUCUGCCUUCCCUCCACACAUGGCUCCACCACUUGUUCCUUCACCUUUCCUUGGCCCAUACGAUUCUUCUCCUCCUCCAGUUCCUCCUCCUUCUGAUCCUGAGCUUCGUAAAUGCAUUGACAAACUUGUGGAGUACGCUGCUAAAAACGGGCCUGAAUUUGAAGCCAUGAUUCGCGAAAAACAGCAAGAUAAUCCUGCAUAUAGUUUUUUAUUUGGGGGUGAGGGGCAUGGUUACUAUCGUUAUAAGCUUUGGAUGUCUACACGUUUUCCAGGCAGUCACUUUCCUCCUUUUCCGUCCUCUUCGAUCCCUAUUAUGCACCAACCUCCCAAUCCGAUGUUGAAUGCAUCCCCUUUGAACACACCACUGAAUGCUGCUGGUGCUACUCCAGGGUCUUCAGCCUCUAUGUUAGGUGCUCCUCAGAUGCAUCAACCUCCUUUUCCUCCAUUCUAUGAGCAGCAGCCCCAUCAACAUCUCCCACCCUUUAUGGCUCAUGGUCGGCCAGAAUAUGAUAAGUCAUCUGAGUCCUUCAAAGGACUAUCUGGCCCACUUCCCUCUGAUGUUGCUGCAGAACUUAGCGACGUAAUAAGUAAUCUUACUGGUACAAAGGAUUCAAUUAAAGGGGCCAAACUCUGGUUCAUGCAGAGGUCUCCAUUUGCGCCAGCUCUUGCAGAGGCUCUUAGGGACAGGGUCUAUGCAAUGGAUGACUCUGAGAGACAGCUGCACAUUAUUUACCUUGCUAAUGACAUUCUUUUUGACAGCUUGCAACGAAGGGUUAACCCUCACGACCUUGAUAAUGAGGCCCUCGCGUUUAAACCUGUUUUAGGUUCCAUGCUUGCGAGGAUUUACCACAAUCCUCAAAACAAGGAAGAAAAUCAAUCACGUCUACAGAAAAUAUUACAAUUUUGGGCUUCCAAGGAAGUUUUUGAUCAGGAUACAAUUUAUGGCCUAGAGGGUGAUAUGAUUGGUGGGGUACCUAGUAGUUCUUUUCCUGGGCCUUCAAAAGAACUAUCCAUGGCUUCCAAAGACUCUGCCUCAGGGUUGCCACAACAAACGUCGAAUCUCCCUCGCUGGCAGCAAGAAAGGCAAAGUUCUGUUUCAGGUCUACCGGAUAAAGACCCAGCCUUGCCGCCCUCUCUAGCACCUCAGCAGUUUCUUCCUAAUGCAGUUCCUGGCGGUGCUUUUCCGGGGUCCAUUCCCGUGCCCUCAGCUGUUCAGCCUUUACCGGCAUCAAAUGCUAAUGUUGGCGAAAAGUUGCCCCCAUAUCCUUUAUUCCCACCUGGUCUUAUACCAGGAAUGGUCAGAAAGAUGCAGAUUGGCAGUGGCGUGCCUUACUCUCCCAUGAGCCCUUUGGACAUUCCAAACGUAAUACCUCCAUCUACCGUGCCUCCGUCAGAAAUUCUCGAGAGAGUGUCGAAAUUCUUCAAAGAAAUUGGAGAGGUCAACCCUUCUGAAGGACCCAUGGAAGCAGAUUCUAGAGAAGAUGACGAGGAGUACGAAAGAGAGCUUCCUGUUCGAAAGGGAGGAGCAUGCAUACCUCCACCUCCCAAUCUGCAGGUUGACCCAGAGACAGGUGCUUAUGCUGAUGGAAGUGUUGAUCGGAAAAGCGGCUCAGGUAGAUUGGGACUAGGGGCGACAGUCAAUCCCAAUGAAGUGAGCCAAUAUGAUGAUGUUUAUACUUCUUACCGGAAGCAAAGAAGCACGAACUACCAUUCAUCAAUGAGUGCACGAGCUGCUGCGAGGUAGUAAGAUGGAGCAUGGUGUGCCCAUCUCCCCAAUCCACUGCUCUCUGAAAGAGUCGUGUUUAGCCUGAGAAAGUGAUAUUUUAGACCGAAACUCCGUAUCUGUACAAUCUCUGUUCAAUUUGCAAUUAGGGAAGGUCGGCCAUGCUUAGGUUUUGUGAUCCUAGUAUUUGACUCAUUUUGCUGCGAGGAUGCAUAUUUGCCAAGGAAUAAGCGCUUCGAUCUCUUGUUUCUUUCGGCUAAGUCCAAGUAUUUUCUUAUGGGUUGAAGUA